ACUCGUUCAUCCAAGGAUUCCUACCUGCAAACAUCCAUAUUUCCCCUGGCGGUAGCUGCUAGUCGCCAGUCCUUUUCAGGGUUGGCUUGCAGCAUUUGCUCAAAUCACAGGCGGCCAUUCGUCUUAUAAUACUUGGCCAUCAUCAACCAAGACCCCCCUCCCCACCCCCUUUUGGGUUCGUAGCCUGAGCUCAUAUACAGGAACGAAAGGGAAACAAACACAGCACACCGCUAGCCCGAAGGUUAUCUUGGAUUUGAAUUGACUUUAAAUUACUGAUAAGUCAGACAUCGGCGAAGAAGAUGGGGGAUCAAGGAACAGGCGGAAUCGAGAGCCGGGGCGUCGAAAGCAAUACUACGAGGCGCAUGUCUGAACCACGCCCAAAUUCUCACGAUGACCAGAUCCAGCAACAAUCAACUGAGGCGAAAGCACCUAAUGCAGAGAGCGAUGAGCAAAAAUACGCACAAACCGGUCCCAGGCAUUUAAUUCCCGUUCAUCCUGUUCACCCAGGUAACUCGGCAUCAAAUGGCGGUCUGUCACGAAAUCCUUCUACAAGCUCCAAUGCUUCUAGAGACUCCCGUAUUAUGUUCGAUUUUUCCCUUUCGCAUCAAGGACCUCGGGCCUCUAGGCCGCUGGAGCCUCCGGUAACGAAAGCUACUUUGAGCGAAUUGGAUGUGAAUAAGAUUAUCCAUAACCCAAAGCUAAGACAUGACAUAAAUUUCGACCCGGAUCUUCAUUUCAGGCCGAAUGUUGACGGUGAGAAGGGAAGGAGAAAGCAAGAGAAGGCCAACCAAUUCUGGAACUCACUCACGGAGCAGUUGCAAUUGUUUAUUGUUAACCGAGACGAAUUCAUGAUCAGAUUCGGACAAGGCGAAGAUUGGUGCCUCCCGCAACUAUUGAAGUCGGUAAAAGAGAUUAUUCAGACUUUGGUCCCGCAGCGAGAUCGCAUGUACCUGGAUGAGGGCCUGAACGUCGAGCUUAUAAUGCAGCAAUUCGGCAAGGGAAUAGCAGAUUUGGAAAAGUUGGCCUCGUGGUUGUCUGGAGUUCUCAAGUCCCAUUGUGCCCCUAUGAGGGACGAAUGGGUGGACGAAAUGUACAACCAGCUGACAAAUGGCAACAAAACCAAUGACAUGGAGGAGCUUGUGCAAGGGAUGCGCAGCCUCUUGAGCGUUCUCGAGGCUAUGAAGCUUGAUGUUGCGAAUCACCAGAUCAGAUGCCUGCGGCCGAUCCUGAUCGAAGACACAGUUCACUUCGAGCAGCGGUUCUUUCUUAAGAAGAUACGGGACCGCAAGAUGGAUCCCGGCCCAGCUCAGGUGUGGUAUAUGACGGUGGACCAGUUCUAUUCUCAGGACCCGGCUUCAGUUCAGGCCUUUGGAGAAAUGGGCCCCUUUUUCGAGGCUCUGUGCAAAAUGAUACUCCCCUCGACCGAUCCGUAUUCGCACCCGGAUACCUUUGUUUUUGACGAAGAGCGCAUGGCCAAGCUUCGAUCUGACAUGCUCGACGCGAUCAACCUAGAAGUCUGCAUGCGUCUAUACGAAGGGUUGGACAGAAAAUACAGAUUCAACGAUUCUAUGUCCGGCGCGAGCGCUAUUCCUACACCUAUGCUAGCUACACCGUUUUCAGAUGCCUCCGGCUUCUUGAGUUCAAGAAAUGAAGAUGAUGGGAGUGAAAGCUGCUUCAACUCUAGGCCUUCUAGUCUAGUCUUUAGUUCCGCUGGUUCGGCACAUUCAUCUCCUCGCAACUCCUUCAUUCUCCCCGUUCAAUCAUUAACUAGCAACUGCCCGGAAGACCAACAAGCCAAGUCGAGAAACCUUUACACCUCCCUUGUUGCACUUCUUCAAACUUCGCCUGCCAGUUCCCGUUCCGUGUCUCGGUGGAAGGCGAUGAAAGAUUCAUUAGCUUUACAAAUUUUCCGAUUUACCAACGCGCCUGCUGAGGAUCUCCUGCAAUUUGAGGACGAGCUCGACAACCAUCUUUCCGAGCUCUCGUCUCCGCUUUUCCAGCAAGUGGAACAGUACUACCACUAUCACUUGCUUGUGGAGCUUCGACAACGUGUUAAGGACUUCAAGGAACUUACAGGAGCUGCUCUAUUCUCAGUCGCUACCGGCGGUCGUCUACACAGCCCUAGCCGCAGUUGGGACGGCCCCCGCGAAAAUGCGAGCCGGGAACGUACGUCGCUAGAAAACGCCAUCCGGGGGGCGCGGGAAGAGGGCGGCGUCGAGGAUAUGGCGACGCGUUUAGCUCAUAUGGGUCUCCUCCAUUGGAGAGUCUGGUCGCACCUGGUAUACACAGGCGACCUCGAGAAUCUGGUACCGAUGCCUGACAUGUCUAUGGCAAUCUAGUUGCCGAUAGAGUACGCGACGAGACCCGUCAGCUCAGAAAACAAGUCUUCUAUUCACACAGAAACACGCUUUACACUACUAGUCGUCUCGUCAACCUUUUCUUCUUUACGAUUACGUUUUGAGGCGAUAUCUAAAGACGAGCCGAC